AUUUAACAGGACUGGAGCUAACAUUUGCUUGGAUUUGGCACCAUUGAUAGGGAACUGCCUGCUGCGUCCUCCGCUUUGAAGUCCCCCUGGUCUUUGGGCCUCCAGCACCUUCUUCAGCAUGUCCAACCCAUCUAAGAGGCGUAUGAUACUGGUGUUCCACUGGGUUAGGAAGAAACCCCUGACAGAGAAGCCGGGCUCUACCAUCUCGGCCAGACCUUCUGCCUCUGCACCGGCUUGCAACACUCCUCACAUUUCACCCUACUUCACGAGGAGCAAGACACAACCCGCUCCGCUCAGGAGGUCCAGCAGGCGCAAGGUGCUGCGAUUGCCGAAUCUCACCGACCCCAAGUUUUUAAGAUCUGUCAUUGGUACCGUUGGCCGGAAGAGAGCCCGCAGGUGUGGCAAGCAAAAGAAGACUCCAGCGGGAACAGGAAAUGGGGUGAGGGCUAGGCUAGAGGCAAGAAGGCUCCCAAGCUAUUUGCGGGGUGGGAUUGCUUUGGAAGAUGCCUUCUCACACUCUCUACCCUUGAACCACGUAAGGACAUAAGAAGUGCCUGCUGGAUGAGGCCACAUUGGCCUGUCUAGUCCAGCAUCCUGUUCUCACAGUGGCCAACCAGAGGCCUGUGGAAACAAGAGCAUUCUGUAUUCCCUUCCUGCAUCUUCCAGCAACUACUGUUCACAAACGUUACUGCCACUGACUGUGGAGGUAGAGCAUAGCCAUCGUGCCUAGUGGCCAUUGAUAGCCUUUCCUGCAUAAAACCAUCCAAGUUGGUGGCCGUCACAGCCUUCUGUGGGAUUGAGCUUCCAGAGGGGUAGCUGAGCAUGCCUGCUGCAGGAAAAACAGGCAUUAAAAGCACAUUUCUCCCAAAGAAUCCUGGGAAUUGCAGUUUGUAAAGGGUGCUACAAAUAAUAAUAAUAAUAAUCAAGCAGUAUUUAAAUUCUAUGGAAUAAAUAAAAAUCAUAUGAGUGCCCAACUAUUAAAAGCACAGGGCUCCAUCCCCUGAAGCCAAGAUGGCCUUCUGCACAUGCCCAGAGGCUGCCUGUUCUUCUCACUCUUGCCCAGGCCAUAUAUUAGCAGCUGUUUGGAGGCCAAUAGGAACUGCUGCCGCUGCAGCAAUGGUGGAGGCACCAGCAGAAUGCCUUUAUGAGCAGGUGCCUGGAGCAGGCUUAGCACGGCUGCACUCCAGCCAGAGCACAUUCCAGACCUCCAGCUGGAAGUUGUGCAACAGCACCUAAAGGUCUGCACUGGAGGCAGUCUGCUUUCAGCAGAAGCGCUCGAUCUGUUGCAAAGUCAUGUAGGGCAACCAAGGAAGCUGCAGCCCAGCUGUUGCAAGGCUUGUCAAAAGUGGGGAGCAGGAGCCAAGGCUUCUGUGGGCAGGGCUGCAGAGGGGUCAGAGAGAACUGGAAGCCCCACGCUGACCCCAGGAAAGGGGAUAAUAAGCUGUUACAUACAAAUCCUUGUGAGGCAUUUUCUUGUCUGUGGCAUGGUGUUCCUCUUAUUUACCUAUUCCCUGGGCCGGAAUAGGUAAAUAAGAGAAAUUCCUGGCAUGCACAGGAUGUGUAGCUCCGCACCUGGUGUCUAGGACUAGAUGGUGAGUCUUUGAAGGGACCCUACUAGAUAGGCUUGCCAUAAUUCAAAAAGUGAAAAUCCGCACACAAGUUUUUGAGCUAUUUUAAAGAAAAUUCACCAUAACCUACACUUCCUACAUGGGUUGCCAUAUGUCUGGAUUUUCCCAGACAUUUCAGUGAUUUUCACCUGGACACUGUUUCCGAUGGGCAAAUCCUAGCUACGUCCAGGAAAUUCUGGACCUAUGGCCAACCCUAUGCCUAAUCCCUGACACACUUUUUUUUAAUAUACAAAAAAGAAAUUAGUCACUGCUUCAAUUGCUUUUUUUUUUUAAAUAGAAAGUGCAGAGCAUAACUUCUCCUGGAAUCCACGGCCUCGGACCUGGAAGGUGUCCCCACCCAAUUCCUCAAGAGUGAAGAACCACUGAAGGGUUUCUGUCGUGAGAGAGAGGUUCUCUUCGCAUGCUCAGAUGACCUCUUUUUUGAUGACUUCUGCCCCUAUUCCUGGACUGGAAGGCUCUGGGGAGAAAACCAGUUCCUGCAGAGGGCAGAGCCUUGGCUGUAGUUAGGUCAGCAGGUCAGAUGCAGAAGGCAACCUGGGUGGUGGUAUCUUGAUCGGGUUCACGCUCAGCCCCCGCCCCCCCCCCGGCUCCGCUGGUUAAUUAGUUGCCCUCUGUGCUGGGCUUAGCAUCCUCUCAGUGCAACCAAUUACUGCUGGGAUAAUUAAAUUUAAUGCAGCAGUUUGUUAUCUAAAUGUCUCUAAUUGCAUCUAAGUGGCAAAGAAAUGGGGUUUGGUGCAGCCGCUGCCUGGAGAACUGAGUCCGUAAACCCACCCCCCCAAAACACACACACUAACUCUUUGGAGAAGUACCCUCACUGGACUCUUAGGUGGGAGGCUGGUUCAGGCUAGGGCUGCUGGGGGCAGGGAAUGGUUUGGAUGUGGGUGCCACACAGCGGGGGGGGGGGAGGGUAACAUUAUGAUUAAUUGAUUAAUUGGCUUUAUAUUCCACCACGUUCCUCCAAGAAGCUUGAGAUUGUGUCCAUGGUCCCACUGUUGUAAACAAAAAUUACCCUUUUCCCUUGUAGGGUAUCCAAGAGCCCAUAUAGAGUCCUUAACAUAGGUUCCCUAUUGGUAGGAGAGAAUAACAGAGGCCAACCAGAGAAUACUGAGAAGCAAAGCAGCUAGUAAGCGUGAUCUUUAUUGAUCUGUUGCAACAGGGUGCUCCCCUCACCCGUAGGAGAGGAAGAGGAACCCAGAACAAUGGCACGCAAGGACUUAUAAAGACUUUUGAAAUUGCCACCGUGUAGAUCAAGACUACCCCCAGAAACAUCAUACAUACAUCACAGAAGGGGUGUAACCUAAGACCACCCCUCAAGAUACAUCACACCUACAUCACAAAAAAGGCAGUCUAAAACAGAAAUUUUAAUGUUGUUUUUCUCCUGUUGUUGUUUAUCUCCUGUCUGGCAGGUUACCUGAUUGGAUUGCCUGGGGAGCCUGGCCAGUCUUUUGUAGUGAUAAAUACUUAGUUCCUGGGCCAGGUCACAGGCUCACACCCUAUUCAUAUCUUAAAUGUGUCCUUAAGACAGGAUUUGUGAGGAAAGAGACAAUGG